GAAAAAAUCUGACGUUCGUAAUGCGCGGAGCUACAAUGGCAGAGGCACGAGAAUUCAACAGCGUUACGAUAACAAGUACGAUAACGUAAUUGACAACAAGAUCGGGAAUAAGCAACAGAGCGACAGACAGAUGCAGAAUGACAAUGAGGAAAACGGAUACACUCCUGUGCCAGUGAAGCAACUGAUACAAGAAUUCGAGAAAACCUGUAGACCGGUUCUGCAAUACAAGCAGAUCAGUCCAAGGAUCAUUCCAAUCGUACAGCAGUGUCCGUUGGAUAAUGGCAUAGCGCGUUUCUUCGAGACGAAAAAUUCUAUCAAGUAUAACAACGAGGAGGAGAGAUACGCACGCACACGCGGAAACUACGAAGGAUCCGCGAAACUGCAGUCCCAAUGUAACAGCCGAUUGUACGACACACGUGGAAGCUACGAAAGGAAACUACAGUGCAACGAUCAAUUAUGCAGUGCACACGAGAGCUACGAAGGAUCAGCGAAACUACAGUCCCGAUGCAACGGCUACGUUUCCACUGACGAAAGCGAAUAUACGACGGAUGACACUGACUCCGAAGAUUAUCAGAACGAGGCGGGAUCUAUAGAUCGCGGAAAUUCCGCGCCGUCCGCCCUAUUGAACUGUUGCGACAGCAGCGAGUACUCGAUCGCGUUCGAGGACGAGUACUCGGGUACUCGACGUCAUUCGACCACCUCGCAGGAAUUGGAGGCCCUUUAUGCCAACGGCACGAGAUUCGUCAACACCGAGGCCGAGAUGCCUCCCGAGGCGAAGUCGCUGAUGCUCUCAAUGGUCGCCUCGCAGGAGAACAUACUCGAGACUAAGAAACAUCUGCGUAGCACACCGGUUUUGGAUAAUCUUUUAGGCACCACCACGCCAGAAUGCAAACUCGUUGAUGUUAAUCCGGAAUUAGGAAACAAACUGUACGAGAAUAACAAUUAUACUGGACCGAAAUUGGCCAGCCUUCACAAUCUGACAAAUUACAACACAGCGCCGCGUGGAUGGGAUCAAUCAUUCACAGUCUAUCGACCUAUUAAAUUCGAAAAACCGCAAGAGAUCAUGUACUCUGAUUUUUAGGCACACUAUGAUAAAUGUUAUAAUUAUAAUCUUUUUACGUAUCGGUCUGAAAGAUCAAUCUAAUUUCGCCGAGAUAUCAACGGAAGAAUUAUUGGCAUAUGUUUUCCGCACUGUUGCGUUCAUUUUCACCAGCAUCAUGAUUUAAACCAACGGCCUACAGAUCACUCAAAUAUCUUCACCGUAAAUAAACGUAUCGCGAUAUGAUUGCGCUACGUGCGACAUGUUUGAAGUUUUGCUUUGAUGUACUUCUACCUCUUUUAUCCCUCAUUGAGAAUAUUUAACGUUGUUCAUGCUUUGACAGUGUUACAUUACUGCAUUUUACUUUAUUAUAUAUUAUGCAAAUAAAUAUGUUGUUUUCCUAAU